GAGCAGGCGGGCGCUAGGGCGGGCGGCGGGCGCGGAGCCGCCGGAGCUCUCCAGGGUUCUGGGCCGCCCGCGGGGAGCCGGGGGCAGCCGCGCCGCCGAGCCCCGCCGAGCGCCGCCGAGCCCGGCCGAGCGCCGCCGAGCCCCGCCGAGCCCCGCCGAGCCCCGCCGAGCCCCGCCGAGCCCCGCCGAGCAAUGCCUCGGACGAGACCGCUGCAGGGCUCGGCGGCGCCUCCGCGCAGCAUGGCCCGGAUGAGGUACUUCCGCGCGGCCGCCUCGGGAUUUUAUCUGUGGGAAGCCGCGGUGCUGCUCAGCUUGGUAGCCACAAAGGAAACAGACAGUGCAAGAUCUCGUAGCAUGCCAAUGUCGCCAUCUGAUUUCCUGGAUAAGCUAAUGGGUAGGAUGUCAGGCUACGAUGCAAGGAUCAGACCAAAUUUCAAAGGCCCUCCAGUUAAUGUCACAUGCAACAUAUUUAUAAACAGCUUUGGAUCCAUUGCAGAGACAACCAUGGAUUACCGAGUGAACAUCUUUCUCCGUCAGAAUUGGAAUGAUCCACGCCUCGCAUACAGUGAAUAUCCAGAUGACUCUUUAGACUUAGAUCCAUCCAUGCUGGAUUCAAUUUGGAAACCUGAUUUGUUCUUUGCUAAUGAAAAAGGUGCCAACUUUCAUGAAGUUACAACAGAUAAUAAGUUGUUGCGAAUUUUCAAAAAUGGAAAUGUACUUUAUUCCAUCAGAUUGACUUUGAUUCUGUCCUGUCCAAUGGAUCUCAAAAAUUUUCCAAUGGAUGUGCAAACAUGUAUAAUGCAGCUGGAAAGCUUUGGAUAUACAAUGAAUGAUCUCAUUUUUGAAUGGCAAGAAAAGGGAGCAGUUCAAGUAGCAGAAGGUCUCACCCUGCCACAGUUUCUUUUGAAAGAAGAAAAGGAUUUAUGUUACUGCACCAAGCAUUACAAUACAGGAAAGUUUACAUGUAUUGAAGUCCGAUUUCACCUUGAGAGGCAGAUGGGUUACUAUCUCAUCCAGAUGUACAUACCAAGUCUCUUGAUCGUCAUUCUCUCUUGGGUGUCAUUUUGGAUCAAUAUGGAUGCAGCUCCAGCCAGAGUGGCUUUAGGCAUAACAACUGUACUGACCAUGACAACACAAAGCUCAGGCUCACGAGCAUCUCUUCCAAAGGUAUCAUAUGUCAAAGCGAUUGAUAUCUGGAUGGCUGUGUGCCUGCUCUUUGUAUUUUCUGCACUUUUGGAGUAUGCAGCUGUAAACUUUGUGUCAAGGCAGCAUAAAGAACUUCUGCGAUUCCGCCGCAAGAGGAAGAAGAACAAGUAUUUUGAGGGAGUUCUUGAUGGAAAUGAAAUCAGUGAAUCAUUUCAGCAUAGCAAUGGCUUGAGAUGCACAGGACCUAUAGACGGGACAUUGCCUCAAAUCUACAGUACAAAUUUAAGGGAUGAUGAUGUAAGGGAAAGUCAAUUUAGCUUUACAGCGUAUGGAAUGGGCCCAUGUCUGCAAGCAAAAGAUGGAGUGACACAAAAGGGGCCAAAUACUGCUGUUCAAGCUUCACCAAAAAGCCCUGAUGAGAUGAGAAAGGUAUUCAUUGACCGGGCCAAGAAGAUAGACACAAUAUCCAGAGCUUGUUUCCCUUUAGCCUUUCUGAUUUUCAAUAUUUUUUAUUGGGUAAUUUACAAAAUCAUCAGGCAUGAGGACAUUCACCAAUAACAAGAUAAAGGCUUGCAGUACAUACAGAUCUGACUAGCACGUUCAACAGGAGGCUUUCUGUUAGAAAUGUGCAUCGGAAGAGUGAAUGGGAGAGUUAAAAGCAUUGAGGGGGGAGAAAAAGGAGAUCCUGUAUGGUCUGUAAUGCCCAGUCACAGUGUGACUGGAGGAAUGACACCCAAAGAAGAUACAUCUGCUAUUGCAAACUGUCUGUGUCAAAAUAAAUAUUAACAAGUUUUUCAUUGUAAAUCACUCUCUACUGAAGCUUUACUGCCAAGUAUUUAUACAUACUGUUACAUAGUAGUAUAAUUGCACAGUACUCUUUGAUGUUCCUUAAAUUUUUUUAAUUCUGGUGCAUUUUUAAUUAAAGAAAUGGAUCCAGAAUACCCAAGGUAAGUUCCACAGCAUUACGGAAUAGAUUAGCAUUUGUAAUCUUUAUUACAAUUUUACAAGAUAAUGACAAAUUACUGAUUUGAGAUUACAGUUUUGAGGACUUUUUCUUGUCUUAAGGACAGUACCUGUGGUUUUGCAAUGAGCACAUUUGACACACUUAAGUUACAUAAGUUAUUUAAUGUACUUUGUAUUACUGUUCCCCUGGAAGGUGUAUGUUGAAAUCACUUCAGACAGCACAAGGUAUCUGCAGCCUAAUAGUCUGCAUAUCACAUGAGAAAUAUAUUAAAAUUUGUAAUGUACGGAUUCCUGCUAAGGAUUAUUUCUUCUCUUAAUUACCUACACCUUUAUAAUUGAAACAUAUUAUUUUUUGAUACUUUUUAUAUUUUUCAAGGGUUUUUUUUUCUCAAUUAAUAAAACUCAUACAACUUGUGAGAUAGACAAACAUCAAAAUUUUGCAAUACUUCAUUUUGCAAUGCAAAGAGAUCUUGGACCAAAACUAAAAGCAAAUAGUCAACUGCUUCACUGAAACAUUUGGAGGACGAGCACAGCUGUGUUUAUGCACGUUUAUCUCCUAUAUAUUACAUAAAUACAGGAAGUUUAAUUUAUGAAUAUAUCAGGUUUUCUGACUCAUUCUCUGAAGUAUAUUGGUAUGAUUUAGAUACUCCUUAAAGAGCAUUUCACAACUUUGGAAAGACAUGCAGCUCUUCUAAAACAUGAAAAAGGAUCUAAAGUGUCUUUUACAUUUAUUGUACUUCACAUUAACAAACAGGAGAAAAACUAUUAAAACUCUUGGAGAGAUUCUCCCUGGUUAGGAUUAAAUAAGUUAUAUUAGUUGCUUCUUUGAAUUGUAACACAAUAGAUGAAAUUUAUGGCAUAGCUUGUAGGGAAGAGUGUUUAUUUUUGCCAAUCUUGUCUACUGAGAAACAAAAACAUGAUAAAAUAAGGAAAUCUGACAUUUAGAAUUACUAGAUAUUUUAGGUCCAGUAUCUAAGGCUGUUUCUUAUUGCAGAGUAUUUUUAUUUUGAACAUAUUUUAAAUUUUUGAUUUGCUGUUGCUCAGAAUGUGUAUACAAAAGCAAAAUCGGCUGGAGGCAAAUGUCUGGUGCACUGCCAAAGGCAUGUUGAAUACAAAGCAACAGAAGCAAUAUAACUCUGAACUGAGGAUUAUAACAUAGCAACCUUGGGUUUGGUUGAGUUUGUUUUUGUUUUCCUCCAAGGAUUAGCUAGAUUCUAAAACAAUAGCUCAGAUGUGUCAGAAAGCAGCUGUAUAAUCCUCCUUUAUUUUAAAACAGGAGUUUUCUUUUAAUAUGUAGUGUUACUUUAUUUAUGAUCUGACAUGAUUUCAAUUCACUUUAAACAAUUAUUUUUUGCUGAGUUUGUGUCUUGGUUUUGUUGAUUUCUUUAUGUGUAUGUUCCGAAAAAUCCUGUUCACUUAUGAAGGUGCUCAUCUGUGUAAGGGGGUAUCAUGAUCUAAUGGCUGACAUUUCAGCAUAUUAAUCUUUCUCAAACUUAUCAUUAGCUGUAUUGUAUGACAAGGGAUGUUAACUCGCUUCCACUAUCAGCAAAGUCAACAGUAUUUUGUUUAAGGACUAUUUGAAGUACUAAAUCCAUCACCAAGAGGCAAUCAUAAAAAAUUACAUUAUCUUUCAGGCUCAUUUCUUUUAUUUCUUUCUAAAAUAGCUGACUUGAAUUCAAUAAAGAAUUCUUAAUUGAAGGAACAAGUGCAUAAAAAAAAAUGCUGGCCUGAUCAGAAUAACUCCUGAUUAUUUUAGCUUAUAACUCGAGUACCUGGUUCAUAUUGUCUCUUUCCCAGCCAUUCAAUAGUCUUUUGCUCUCACACAUGUUGUAUAACAUUGUUUUGAAAACAUUAACAAAUUUGAGUAAUACAGAGUUAAACAAAUUUAGCCCUAAUUCUUUCUUCAUUCUUAAGGCAGAAAAGGUCUAUGCUCUCAGAUAGGAAAUUUUGAAAGUGAUAAAAGAGUGAUUAGAUUAUAACACUGGGAAAAUGUAACAGGGUGUGAGAAGCAAGAAGGACAAUGAAGAAGAUAAAGAACAUGGGAUUUAUUUUUCCAACUCAAUCAUAUAUUGAUUUACUUUGGAUUCUCUUUAUUAGAGUUUGUUCCAAACCCUUUCAUAGGAUGCUUUACAAAGAAACCUUUGUGAUACGUGAGAGAUUAUUCUGUUUACUCACUAGGAAGACUUAUAUUUAGGUGAUUUAGAUGUGCACUUUACAUUUAAGGAGUAAGGUAUUGCUUCCACUUUGUACUAUAACCACUUACAGAGCUGUAGGUUGAUAAUGUAGAUAAAAAUAGAAUGUAAUAAAAUGUACAAAACCAUAUAUUUUUAACAGUAGGGAAAGAUAAAAGGUCUUCCUUAAAAAAAAAAAAAAAAAGAGUAUUAUUUUUAGCAAUAAUAAUUUUAUAUUAGAUGGAAAUUAAAUUAUUUAUACAGUUCCCAGCCCAAGCUGAGAUGGUUGAUUGCAAAAGAUAGCCAUACUUUAUGUGCAACUUCUGCUCUCAUUUGAGCUAUCAUAGGUAUUAAUCUAAUCCAACAGAGCAGAAUUUGGCCUUAAACUGUGAAACUGCUGAACAAGCUAUUAAUUCUUACAGUACCCCUGUGAGAUAGUAAAACAACUUUAUCCACAUCUUACUGUACAAUCAUAUGGUUAUUUAGAUGAGAACAAUAUCAGCUCAUCAUAGCUUUUUUCCUUUUUGAGACAGUUAAGAAGAAAAAUAUAAAUCACAAACCAAACUACUUGUUAAUAAUAAAAUAGUUAUUCUGUUUUGGAGUGAUUAUGGAAAAGGUGCCUUCAGGCAACACACGUCACCUACAGUAGUUACUGAAAUACUAUCAGUUUGUAAGGCUUGUGGAAGCAGGUCAGAUUGCUAGAAGCAGUGGGUUAAAUGCCAGAAAAACGUUGGCUCAUCUUGUAUUCUUGACAUUCUUGAAUAUUACUGCACUUCUUCACUUUCAUUUUUGUGAAAUAUGCAAGAAACAUUUCUUAUGUUUGUAUUUUAAUGUAUGACAAUGAUGUUAACUGAUGAAAUGGACUAAAGUAGCUACUUCCAUGAAUGUGUAAUUGUGAACUGUAUAAAAAGAAAUUGUGCCAUAAGCUUUUGACAUAAAGGUUUAACAUAAUAUACAGUAUUUUGUGUGUUAGUGAUCCUGGCUUUUUAAAGGCUACAGCAAGAAUAAAGAAAAAAAAUAAUAUGACAGUGUAUUAAUAACUUGUCUGUGAGUUGUCAAAAUACUUCCUGUGAAUUCUGUCUGAUGGCAAUUUCAUCUUAAAGUACUUCCUUUUUGGUAAAAAUCUAUAAAUGUGUUGUGCAUGGACUUGUUUAAAUUCCUUUUUAUUGUAUUACAGUAUGAUAUUGAACUUAAACCGACAUUCUCUGCCAACAGAAGUGUUAAAAUAUGUGAAAUUUAUGAUGCCAUCUAUGUCAAUGUAGAUAUUUUGUUCAAAAAAAAAAAAUAAACAACU